UAUUGUACUCCUGUACUGUAGUGUUUUGAAGGGAUGAAGGCCUACAGAGGGGUGGAUAACAAGAUCAGGAUGUUCAGACCACUGGAAAACAUGAAAAGAAUGAAUCACUCUGCAUCAAGGGCAUGUCUUCCUAAAUUUGACAGCGAAGAGAUGGUGAAGUGUAUUCGUCAGCUGGUCAAACUGGACCAGGAGUGGGUUCCGUACUCUGAUACAUGCUCACUGUACAUCAGACCCACCCUGAUUGGCACACAGCCGACCCUUGGAGUGAAUAAGGCUAACAGUGCCUUACUGUACGUCAUCCUGUCCCCAGUCGGUCCAUACUUCAAGACAGGCACAUUUAACCCUGUUGCACUGUUAGCAGAUCCCCAGUAUGUCAGGGCGUGGCCUGGGGGUGUUGGUGACUGUAAAAUGGGAGGAAAUUAUGGACCAACCAUUCUGGCACAGUUGAAUGCUGAACGACAAGGUUUACAACAAGUUYUGUGGCUGUUUGGCGAUGAUCAUCAGGUGACAGAAGUGGGAACAAUGAACAUGUUCAUGUUGUGGAUAAAUAAAAAAGGAGAAAAAGAAUUGAUUACGCCACCUUUAAAUGGACUCAUUCUACCAGGAGUAACGAGAAGUUCACUACUGGCUCUUGGUAAAAAAUGGGGUGAAUUUAAGGUAACGGAGAAAGAGUUUAACAUGGAGGAUGUUGUCAAUGGUGUGAACGAGAACAGAGUAAGUUUAUAUAUUUAA